AUGAAUAAUAAAGACAAGAAAAAUGAAGAAUAUCAAACAUUAGUGAAAUUGAAUCGACCAAGAACAUUAAAUUUGGAAACACAAACAAUUGAUGUUAAUAUCAAUGAAACGGUAGAAGUCAUUGAUUUAUGUACACCUAAUAUAGAUAUCAAUGACAUUUCGAUUGUACCGGUAGUCUUACAAAAUACAUCAAUAUCAAACAUAAUGAUCGAACGAUUUCCCAAUAUUCAACGUCUAUUAUCUAUAUUACCCUGGUUUCCAACGAAUAACACACAAAAUCAAGGUUAUCCAUUACUAGCGAAUAUACCACCUCAUCAAUUGACUCCACAAGAAUUAGUUCGUCGACGUGCUGAUACUUUUAAACCAGCAUUCAAUAUUAUCAAUUAUGAUUCGACUAUACCAUCAUUUUUACGUGAAAAAUAUCAAAUGUUCUUUGGUGAUUUACUUGAACGUUUAAAAGUGGAUAUGACUAUUUUGGAUUAUAAUUAUACACGUUUAAAUCAAUAUUUGAAAAUGUUAGUUUAUGAACAAAUACGUGUAUUACAUCUUCGACUACAUGAAAUUCAACGAAUCGAUGAAAAAGAAUAUCCACUUGCAUUGGAAUUCUUUUUACAAUUUGAUGUCAACAUGUUCUAUAUGAAAACAUGUUCAUUUCGUUAUGCUCGACCACGUACAUUAAAUGAAGGUCUUUUUUGUAUACGAGAACCAGAAGCUCGUUAUGAAUUAGCUGCAUGUGGUAAUUGUGGAUUAUGUUAUCCUCAAUAUGAUAUGAAAUAUCGAUCGAAAAAAUCAAUUAUUGAAUUUAGUCAAGCUCAUAAACAUACAUUUCUCAAUGGAUAUCAAACCAUUUUAAAUUGUUCAGCUUCAUGUCAUACACGAAAUAUUAUUUAUGCAUUAACAUGUCCAUGCGGUAAAUAUGAUUAUAUUGGUGCAACUACACAAAGUUUACAUGAUCGUCUAAGAAAACAUCGUGAACAUGGUAAUCGAAUUAUACAUGAAUUUUUAUUAGGACAAGAAAAUAUUAAACGUAAUUUACUACGAGAUAAAUCAAAUGAAGUUUUAGCAAAAGAUCGUAUGAAACUUUAUCAACAUUCGGUACGAUGUCCAGUAGCUAUGCAAAUUUUUUUGGAUGCAAAUCCACAAUAUUGGCGAUUUGUACCAAUGACAUUAGAAGAAUCAGAAAGACCUGAACAACAAAUAAUUACAUCAUAUACUUUUACUGAAGAGUUUAAUUGGAAUAUACGAUCAAAAGAAGAUACUAAAAUCUAUGUUGAAGCUGUUCCAAAACCACCGAAACGAUUAACUUUUUCCAAUCGACAAAUCCUGUUACAAACACAAUAUUUUCAUAAAACACGUGAUAGAGCCUUGCCAAAUCAAGAUAUCGACUUAUAUAAUGCAACAAUUGUAGCUGUUUUACCAGAAACUUGUUCAGAUAUGUUUCGUUUUACUAUUGAAUCUUUAUUCAUUACUUAUGCUGAAACAAAUCUCAAUUCAAUUGGUAAUGUUUUGAAUACGAAUCAAAAUGGUGAUCAUUAUCCUAUGAAUGAUCCUUGGUUGAUUCGUGGCAAUGAAUGGUGUCACGGAUUAUUACGUCGACCUCAACCAAAAACUAUACUAUCGACAGAUAUUGUGGCAACUAAAUGA